CCAAAAUUGGUAUCAGAUGAUAAACGAUAUCGAAAGUUUAUAUAGAAUUGAUGCAGUUUUAGAAGAUAGAAUAUCUUCAUAAUCUUCAAAACACGUUUUAAUGAAUGUUCUUUGUGAUGAUCUUGAUGCAUUUUUAGAAUAUGAGACUCAAAUCACAGGACCAUACAUUAGAAGUUAAUGCUAAGUGAUAAAAAGAAAAUGUUAUUCCUUUGUGAUUCCAGAAGGCAUCACAUUAUUGCAAUUUAUCAAAUAAAAUGGUUAAAUUGCAACAUGUUAAAUUGAAGCGAUAUACAAAUAGUUGCUAUUGGCAUUAUUUCAAAUACAUAAGAAAUUUAGUUUAGGAAGAUGCUUUCAUUUAGGUAAUAUUUAUUAUCAUAACAAUAACAUUGAAAUGGUUGCAUUUGGAUUCUAUCCUAAUCUUUAGCUAAUACCUCCAGAGUACUUAGAAAGGAGAGAACAAAGUCAAAAAAGAGACUAUAGUUAGAGUAUAGAUGUUUGGUUGGUGGGUUGUAUUAUAUAUUAGUUGUUAACAGGAGAAAUUUUGAACUAUUUUAAGACAAUUACAGAAUAUCGUUUAUUUUAUAAUUAAAUUCAAUCAAAAAGAAUUGAGAAUGAUUGGAAAAAUCGUUUAAUGGAAAUGCUUCACCCAAAAGAGGCUUUGAGAUGUACAUUUUUUAAAAUGCAUUAAAAAAUGUCUGAUAGCAAUUAGGAAACUAAAGAAUUUUAUUAAAAUAUAUUUUUAUAAUAGAAUUACUCUUUUUUAAUAAAAGCUAGAGAAUAAAUUGAUGAUGAUUACAUAGAAUGGGCUGUGGUACAUAUUAAUCUGUUUCAUUAUUUAAGCCUUAAGAAUUUACAAAAGAAAUGGAAUUGCCAAAAGUUUUGACUCCAUUUCGAGCUAGAUUUAAUAAUCCAAAAAUUAUGACAAGAAGAAAUGAGAACAUAAGUCCUUAUCCAAGAAUAGCUAAAUCUGGUUAUUAUUCUUAACCUAUCUAACCUUCCUCUCCUGAUAAUGAAUCACUACAUUCAUCAUCAAAUGGAUCAAAUAUUGAAAAUCCUGAAGAAAUAAUAUAAUAUCCUGAUUAAAGCUUUUUGACUAAUAAAUGUAGAGAUCAUAAUGUAAAUGUUAAAAUAUUUUUGUAGGAAUUCUUAAAAUAUAAAGAUUUUUGGAUUGAAUUACAUUUUGAAUCAUAUAAAUGGUUUUUAAUGGGUUCUUUAAAAGAGCAUUUAGAAAGAUCUAUUUAAGAAAAAGAAAAUUAAGGAAUAGAGAGCCCAAUAGAAACAUGGGGUAUUUAUUGCUUAUAAAAAAUGUCAAUUAUCAUGAGAUAAGAAUUUUUAAACCAAUGGAAUACAGGAUUUGUUAAUUUUGACAAUAAUUUAUGGCAACAAUUUAUUAAAAAUAGUGGACAAGCAAAACGAUUUUGUAAUGAUGUUAGAAUGCAACUUGUUGGAGACUAAAGUGUGAUAGAUUUAAAUUAUUAGAAUUGUUAGGAAAAUUUUUAUCUAGAUAGAGAAUAGGAGUAAUUAUUUUAAUAAAUAAAAUCAUCAAUUACAUAAGUAAUUAUUAUUUUUUAUUACUAAUUAGUCAAUUACAGAAUAAACAUUUAAUGAAUUUAAAUUACCAUAUAGAAUAAUUUUAAGAGCACUUUUUAUUAGAAUUGCAUAAAUCUCUAAAUAGACUAAUGAUGAAGGUAAAAAUUUUGAAUUUUCUUUACUUAAACUAAAAAUUAUAAUUUGCAUGGCAAUUUAAUAAAUAUUUUUACCUUAAAAUAGGAAUAAUAUUUUCAGAAUUGUAAAAUAAACUGCUAAUAUUACUAAUUUUGAUAAUCCAUAUUACUUAGAAUCAAUAUUCUUUGAAUAAUAAGAAAUUGAUAAAUUAGAAGAAUAGAUUAAAAUUAUUGAAUAAGAUUAUUUUGGAAGUCAUAGAUGA